GGGAUGGGUCAGGCAGGGAACUUCCUGUUCCAUUUCCCGGGAUUCCUUUCCCAAACUAGGCUACGCUGCCUCUUACCCUGAAUUCUCCCAAGGAUCCCCAAACAUCUCGGCCUCAGGCGUCGGUACCUGGAGUGCUCCACAGGUGCAGGAGGAGCUGAAGAAAGGGAUUUAAGAGCGGCCCAGGUGUGGGAGUUGUGAAAGAUGCUGGCGGAACCAGUCCCUGAUGCCCUGGAACAAGAGCAUCCCGGAGCAGUGAAGUUGGAGGAGGAUGAAGUUGGCGAGGAGGAUCCCAGGCUCGCAGAGUCCAGGCCUAGGCCUGAGGUGGCCCACCAGCUUUUCAGAUGCUUCCAGUAUCAGGAAGAUAUGGGGCCACGGGCAUCCCUGGGCCGGCUCCGGGAACUCUGCAACCACUGGCUGCGACCGGCUCUGCACACCAAGAAGCAGAUCCUGGAGCUGCUGGUACUGGAGCAGUUCCUGAGUGUCCUGCCCCCGCAUGUGCUGAGCCGGCUGCACGGCCAACCGCUCCGGGACGGAGAGGAGGUGGUACAGCUAUUGGAGGGCGUGCCCAGAGACAUCAGCCACAUGGGGCCACUGGAUUUUAGCUUCAGUGCUGGCAAGAAUGCCCCUGCAGACAUCAUCUCAGAGGAACAAAAUAGCCCUUCCCAGGUCCCCAGCCACAGCCCCCAGACGGAGUUGCCCUCAGAAGAGAUUCCAGCCCUACAUCCACUGAAUGAGUUACCUCCACCUCAGCCAGCACCCAUAAGGCCUGCUGAGCCUGAGGAGUGGAGACUGGCCCCCAGUUCAAAUUGGCCAAUGAGCCCAGAGCCCCAGGAGAUACUCCAGGACCCACGAGAAAGCAACCCUUCCCAGGGCCCUUCAUGGCUUGAGGAAAAUUCCAGAGACCAAGAGCUGGCGGCUGUGUUGGAGUCCCUCACCUUUGAGGAUACCUCAGAGAAGAGAGCUUGGCCUGCAAACCCUCUUGGAUUUGGAAGCAGAAUGCCUGACAAUGAGGAACUUAAAGUUGAAGAGCCUAAAGUGACUACUUGGCCUGUCGUCAUUGGAGCAGAGUCCCAGACAGAGAAACCUGAAGUUGCAGGAGAGCCUCUUACGCAAACUGUAGGGCAGGAGACCAGCAGCACUGGUUGGGGAGGUACUCCUGCUGACGGCAGUGAAGUUGUGAAGGUUAGAGGAGCUUCCGAUGCCCCAGAGCCCCAGGGGGAGAUGCAGUUCAUAUGUACAUAUUGUGGGGUAAACUUCCCAGAGAUGUCUCAUCUACAGGCCCACCAGUUACAAUCUCACCCCAACUUGCAACCUCACCCAAGCUCUCGAUCCUUCCGAUGUCUGUGGUGUGGGAAGACUUUUGGACGCAGCUCGAUCCUCAAGCUGCACAUGCGCACUCACACAGACGAGCGGCCGCACGCCUGUCAUCUCUGCAACCGCCGCUUCCGCCAGAGCUCACACCUGACGAAGCACUUGCUAACGCAUUCCUCUGAGCCUGCCUUCCGAUGCGCCGAGUGUAACCAGGGUUUUCAGCGUCGCUCCAGCCUCAUGCAGCACCUGCUGGCACAUGCCCAGGGAAAGAAUCUCACGCCAAAUCCAGAAGGCAAGACAAAAGUGCCAGAGAUGGCAGCUGUCCUCUGUUCCCACUGCGGGCAGACCUUCAAGCGGCGCUCUAGCUUAAAGCGUCACCUGCGUAACCAUGCCAAGGACAAGGACCAUCUGUCCUCUGAAGACCCUGGCAGCCUUAGCUCUAGCCAGGAGAGUAACCCCUAUGUGUGUAGUGACUGUGGCAAGGCCUUCCGACAAAGCGAGCAACUAAUGAUCCACACUAGGCGAGUCCAUACCCGUGAACGACCCUUCUCCUGCCAGGUCUGUGGCCGCUGCUUUACCCAAAAUUCCCAGCUGAUCAGCCACCAGCAGAUUCAUACGGGUGAGAAGCCUCACGCCUGUCCUCAGUGCAGCAAACGCUUUGUGAGACGAGCUGGCCUUGCUCGGCAUCUGUUGACCCACGGUAGCCUCCGGCCUUACCACUGUGCCCAAUGUGGCAAAAGCUUUCGCCAAAUGCGAGACCUAACCCGCCACGUACGCUGCCACACGGGGGAGAAGCCCUGCCGAUGCAACGAAUGUGGAGAGGGGUUCACCCAGAAUGCCCACCUGGCACGCCACCAACGCAUCCACACGGGGGAGAAGCCCCACGCCUGUGACAUCUGUGGUCACCGCUUUCGUAACAGCUCCAACUUGGCCCGCCACCGCCGCAGCCACACUGGCGAACGGCCCUAUAGCUGUCCAACCUGUGGCCGCAGUUUCCGGCGCAAUGCGCACCUGCAGCGCCACCUGAUCACACACACAGGGUCAAAGCAAGAAAAGGAAGUUCCUCAGGAGUGCCCUGAGUGUGGCAAGAGCUUCAAUCGCAGCUGCAACUUGCUGCGCCACCUGCUGGUUCACACCGGUGCAAGGCCUUACUCCUGUGCACUGUGUGGCCGCAGCUUCAGCCGUAAUUCACACCUGCUGCGCCACCUGCGAACCCAUGCCCGGGAAUCGCUGUACUAACUGCUUCACCCAUGUUCCAGCAACCUUGUCCCAUGUGCACCUCCCUGCAUGAAUAAGAUUCCCUAUGGUGUCCCCUUCACACAUAUCUCUCCUCCCAGUUCCUCCACCUUCGACCUCCCCCACAGUUUACCUCUUCCCUUGACUCCAAGAAUUUGUUUUUAAGUAAAGCUGCCUUCUCAAAAUUA